UGAAAAUGGCUGGAUCACGGCUGCUCCGGCGCACCAGCCGCCCUGUGGAGAUGAUGUCCAUUGUGCUCAAUGAUCAAGGCAUAGUUGACAGCCUUACUGAAAAUAAUCAGAGAAGCAUGUGGGCUAGCAGAAGGAUUGGGGAAGACGAACAACUCUACCUAGUCCACAUUCAGGGCAUUGCUGGCAUCGGUCUCCCGACCACGCUGGUCGUCAAGAAGUUCCAGAACUCGGACGGAAUAGUGGACGGUAAUCUGGAGAACCGCUGCAAGUCGGAGAUGAUCCUUUUAGCCAGCAUCCGUCACGACAACAUCGUCAAUGUCCUACACUUCAUCCAGAGGGAAAAUGCAAUCAUGCUCGUUUACACGUACCAGGUGAACGGCAGCCUGGACCAGUGGCUGCAUCGGCGGGAGGAGGGCGACCUGCCGCUGAGCUGGCCGCAGAGGAAGGCCAUCGCCAUUGGCGUGGCCCAAGGGCUCUGCCACUUACACCACGGAUGCAAUAGAUCGAUUGUCCACCACAACAUCACCUCUAUCAACAUCCUGCUCGAUCAGAAUUUCAAGGCCGUGAUAGCCAGUUUUGGUGCUGCCCAGAUGAACAUGGCCGGGCUCGACCAACCAUUGCCUAUCGUGGGGACUUUGUUUGGUAACUUUGGGUAUGCAGCUCCAGAAUAUGGGAGGGCCGCAAGCCAGCUGACGGAGAAGGUAGACACUUACAGCUUUGGUGUGGUGCUGCUGGAGCUCGUCACAGGGCGGGUGGCCAAUGGGGUGGAUGGUCAGUUGGCCAUAUGGGCUCGUGACAACUGCAGUGAGCUGAUGGCAAAGAAGCUGGAAUGGUUCGAGAUUGCUGUGGACAAGGGCAUCCCAGAUCAAGCACGGUACAUGGAGGAGAUGGCGAGCGUAUUCAGACUGGGUGUGGAUUGCACUGUCGAUGAUCCGCAGCAAAGGCCGUCCAUGCAGCUGGCUCUCAAACGACUCCACCACGGCUGUGGGCGUGGCCGAUUCGGUGGCCUUCUCACCUGCUAUAACCUGUAA